CUCUUCCCCACUGUGUUUUUGCACACACUAACUCACUUGGAGACAGAGAAGAGCGGGGCCAGGCGAGUGAUCGCGUGUGUCUGGGCGGGAUCGCGGUUUGUGGUGCGUUUAUGUCAAGAAAAGAGUAGGGGUUGGGGCGUGGGUGUUUGAUUUUGUUGUUGGGUUGCGAGAGGUAGACGAAGCGAUGGCGGUGCCUGAGAAUGUAGUAGGCACUAUCAAGCAGUCGUCACCUCCAAAGAAAGUCAUCAUCGACACCGAUCCCGGCAUUGAUGAUGCCAUGGCGAUAUUUUUUGCCUUGAAGUCGCCAGAGCUGGAUGUCAUAGCCCUCACCACAAUAUAUGGAAACGUGCGAACACCCACAGCCACUGUGAAUGCACUCCAUCUGCUGGAAUUCGCUGGUCGAGAGGAUAUUCCCGUCUCGGAAGGAUUCAGAACAUCUCUUCGGGGAGAAUUGAAGGAACGGAUCGCUGAUUUUGUGCACGGCGCCGAUGGGCUCGGCAAUACAUAUCCUACUUUGUCAGAUAGGAAGCCAAUCGACACUUUUGCGCCCGAUUACUUGAUACAAAAAGUGAAUGAGUUUCCAGGCGAGAUUACGAUCGUGGCUCUGGGUCCACUCACAAACCUGGCUGCGGCAGUGGAAUGCGAUCCGACAUUCGCCAAGAAGGUGGGCCAGAUUAUAAUCUUGGGGGGCGCUUUCCAAGUCAACGGCAACGUAAACCCUGCUGCUGAAGCAAAUAUAUAUGGCGACCCUGAAGCAGCAGAUAUUAUUUUUACAUGUGGAGCAGACAUUUUGGUUGUCGGCAUCAACAUAACUCAUCAAGUUUACUGGACAGGGAAGGAUUUGGAAGAUCUGGGAAGAUCAGAUAGCAAAUUUGGGAAGUACUUGUAUGCAGCAUCCCAUUUCUACGCCACGUAUCAUCGUGAAGCGUAUGACAUAGAUGCUAUUUACCUGCAUGACCCUGCAACAAUGGUGGCAGCUGUCGACCCUUCAUUGAUGACAUAUGCUACGGGAGCCGUGAGAGUUCAGAAAGAUGGCAUUUGCAAGGGCCUCACACUCUUCAACAAUUCCAACAAAGUGUGGCAUGACCCUACGGAUUGGUGCGGUAUACCCCCAGUAAAAGUAGCAGUAACAGUAGAUAGGGAACGAGUAGCUUCGCUUCUCAAAGAACGACUUACAGCCCCAUAGAAACUGAGUCUGUAAACCUGAUCGCUCUUGACAACUAGGUUGGUGACUCCCUGGCUUCAAUCGAGCAAUCGACCUUUCUUCUUCCUAACCGCCAUAAUAAAAUUGUUUAGGGUCACGAAGGGAGACCAUAUAGCUUUUACCUCUACAAAGGUUUUGGUAUGUUUAUUUUUAUUUGCGAAUCAAUCCAUGCCUUUAGUGUGGGUGUACUGGGAGUUGGAGCUGAGAAGGAAGGCAAUUUGCGGCUCUAAGGCUGCUGUCAUGUCGUAAUGUUUUGAAACAACGCGCAAGUCACUAGGUGGCAACAUGGAAACCAUGGGAGUUCAUAUUCGUGUUCA